ACUCCUGACCUACACACACACACACACACACACACACACUUUCAUUUACCAGUAAGUGAAACUAACUCGUAACUCCUCAGUCCUGCAGGAUCUGCUCUCCUGUCCAAGCCUGUCUCACUAUGGAGGAACUUCCUGCGCAAGUACUGAGAUCAUCCAUCGCUUUCCUUGCUGGGUCUGUCUCUGGACUCACCCUGGCUCUGGUUCUGAUCGGAUCAGUAGACGAUGCAUCAGAGUAUCCAGGAGCUGCAAUGCUCACGUACGCUGUUCUAGCUGCAGCGAUGGUUGCGUCGAUGUGUGGAUUCAUGAUUCCUAUGGAUUUAGUUGCUGAGAAAUGGAGGGACUUUUUAAAUAGUCAUGUGACUCAGAGGUCGAUUAGGUUUAUUUGUAGAGUUCUGAGAGAAGCGAAGGCCAUGACGGUGCUGGGGGUUGUGUUAACGUUAGGGAACAUGUUUUUGGGGGUGUUUGAGCUCUCUAGGGAUCUGAUCACUGAACUGGGAGUUCUUAUUGCUUUUUUGUCAGAGAUUUCGACGUUUUCCACAGCGAUCUCAGCGAUUGUGGUGGUUUUUCUGCAGGUUCAGGCUUUAGAGCACUGGGAUGGAAGUAUGAGGCCUGUUUGGUUGGCGAUGUUGGUUUUGAUGGUCUUUGCUUUGUGGAACAUUUUGAGUAGGGUAGGUAAAGUUGCGAAUGCUUUUAUAGCGGCGUGUCUAGCCUGUUUUUACGCGUCACUGCUUGCACUGAUGAUCAUUUUGACGCCUGUAUUAAUUUCUAUGCACUGUUUGAGCGGUUGGCUUGUAAUGGCUGUAGGUUCUGCAACUGUUGUUACUCUACAAGGUGGAGUAGGACCAGCUGCUGUUACCAUACCUUACAUUUUACUGAGUCUAAGCCAAGCAGACACAAAGUUAAGCCAUGGCUUUUGGUUCUUGGCGUUUCUCUUUGCGGCAAACUCCAAUGUAUACUCAAUGGAUUUAAACCCAAAGAGUGUUGAAUCUUUGCUCUAUAUUCGUAAAUUAGCUUUGUUAUUUGGAGUACCAGUAAUAAUUGCUAUAUCUUCUGUAGUAGCCGUGCAGAUUCUCAUAAGUAGAGUACCUAAUAAUGGAGGUAGACUCCUGGCAUGGGCAGGUAAAGGUGCAGCACUGGGAUCAGCAAUAGCUUUACGAAUGUUUGGAGAAACCUUGAUAUCCUACGGUUUGGUAAGCUUCAUGUUCGUAUGGAUAACUUGCCUUUGUUUUUUCCACAACGCCCAAAAUCUUCACGUAUCUCAACUCAAAGGCAUGCACAUCGCUACCUUCGUCAUUGGGUGUGGCGUUGCUCUGUUCCCGAACCACUGGGGCUUGGUAAUGACUGGUCUCGUGCUCUAUACAGCAAUUAAGACUCUAAAACUACUGCUGGCACUGGAGGAGGAGGACGAGGACAUCACGACGCUUCCAGGAAGAGAUAAAAUAAUAAACCAAGAGGAAUACGGCUUUGAGUAGAAGAACAUGAGUACAAUAUAUAAAAGCUGGAAACACAGAAGCUCCUUCAGUGACUGGUAAUCUGCACCAACACCACCAGCACAGGAUGAAGCUCCACCUUUUUUUGCUCUUUUCUAAAAGAUCAAUAGUCUUCAGUCCUCAUCCCGAAGAACUGCACUAUGUGGACAAAAGUGUUGGGACUCCUGUUUAUUCAUUGUAUCUUUUUAAAAAAAAUCAAGAGUCUAUCUUGCAUUGCUGUGAGGAUUUGAUUGCACUCACUCCAUCAUUCCAGAGAACACAGUUCCACUGUUCCAUAGAUCAAUACCCUGGUGAAAAAAAAUAUACUUAAUUGUACUUAAAGUAUGCUGUAAAUAUACUAACAGAUUUAUGUACUUACUCAAAAUAUAUCAAAUGUUUGAAAGUUAACUUUGAUCAUAGUUUUUAAAAAGUACAAUAUAGUGCAUUUUUUAAAUCAAUACGACUAUAAAGUACUUCCAAAUAUACUAUAUAUUUCCAAAUAUAUAUUUCCAAAUAUACUUUUGUACAUUUUCAACAAAAUGUGUUAAAAACAGCUGUUAGAGUAGUUCACUUAAAGUACAACGUAUCAUGUAACUUUUUAGAAAGUUAAUUAAAUUACUACAUUGGUAAAAUGUUUAAAAUAUAUAUUUAGGUAUUACAUUAAUAUAAAUAUAGAUAAAAUGUAUUUUAAUUCUUUGAAAUUAUAAUUAGGAAAAUAUAAAUAUUAGUCAAUUAUAGGAGACAGUGUUAAAUAACAUUUAAACACAUUUAAAUGGCAAAUACAAAAUAAAUAAAUCAAUUUGUACAGUAUAUUAUAUAUAUUGUUUUAUACUCCAAGAAGUAUAUUAGAUGUGUGCUACUUACAAAAGACAGGAAUAAGAAGCAUAUUUGUACUUUAAUAUAAAUAGAUUACAUAUAUUUAACAUCAAUUCUUAGAACAUUUCUAAUAUACCUGGUGUAUAAUAAAUAGUGAUACAGUUGUUAUACUAACUAAAUGAAUUAUGAUUUUACUGUGGGCAUAUUUAAAAUAUGUUUACAGUAAACGUAUAUGAAGUAGUUUAAAUGUUAAAAUGUUACUUAAGUAGUAUAUUUUCAAUAAUUCAAUUUAAGUACAGUUAAGUACACUUAGCUCAAUUUAAGUAAAACUUUUGUAUUAUUUUUAUACUGUAAUUAAAGUAUAAUAAGUACAAAAAAGAGUUGUUCUAUUUUAGCACUCUUUAAAUAUACUGAUUAAUAAUAAAGUGGCUACAAGAACACUUCAGUGCACUAUAGCAUAAUAAUGCUUUGUAUACUUUAAUCUACUUUUAUUUACUAGGGUAGAUAGAAUAGAUUGAUGCUUAUAAAUGUGUUUAUUGAUCUUAUCCAGGAAGUCCUGUUUAUUCUAUUGGCAAUACUUCUGUCUCUACAGGAACUAAAUGUAGACGUGUGUAUCUGUAUUCAGCAGUAGAUGGCGCUCACUCUCUCUAAGAAAAUACAGUUAAAGCUGAUAAUGUGCACAGUAAGCACAGCAGCAGUGAAAUGACUCAUGACUCAUUUUAGCUUUUUUUACUUAAUAUUUUACAUUUAUUUUAUUUUUUAUUAUUUCUUCAGAUUUCAAUUCAUGGCUUCCUUUCCUUUAAUGUGCUUUGUAGCUUUGUGUACUCUUUAAAAGACUGUGUACUAUAUUAUGUGCAUAAACCUUUAUGUGAUUGGAAACACAUUUAAUCAUAGAUAAGUAUUGUAAUAUUACAUAAAUUUGUAUGUCAUUUAAGAAAGAAAAAUAAUACUGUAUAAAUUAUAUAUUUUUCUCAGUCAAAAACAAGAAGUGAUUGUAUUUUUUUAUUAUUAAAAUAACACUCAAAUAACAAUAACAGUCAGGUUGUAAAAUUACAGAUACAGGUGCUCACUAUUUACUAAAGGAAAAAAAAUCAGUUCCAAAUACAGUAAUGAUUCAAAAACAAUACAAUACAGAUGAAAUAAUACAGAUUUUGGGUAAAUAUUCUUUGGACUGAUGAAACAAAACUGGAACUUUUUGGAAGGUGUGUGUCCCGUUACAUCUGGCGUAAAACUACAAUAUACUUUCAGAAAAAGAACAUUAUACUGAACAAUGUAAAACAUGGUGGUGGUAGUGCGUGGGAGGGUCUGGGGCUACUGGACUUUAACUUGCUGUAAUUGAUGGAAUCAGGAAUUCUGCUGUUUAUCAGACAAUCCUGAAGGAGAAUCAGAAUCCGUCCAUCUGUUCGUGACCCUUAAGUCCACCUCUUAAAAAGCAGGCAGUUCAUCUUCCAAUGAGUCUGAAUUAAAAAUAUUCUGUAAAGAAGAGUGGAACAAAAUUCCUCCACGGAGAUGUGAAAGACGCGUUGCGAGUUAUUGGUAAAGAUUGAUUGCAGUUUUUGCUGCCAACAGUGACACAACCAGAUUUUUUUUCCACACAGGCCCAUGUUGAUUUGAAUUAAUUUUUUUCACUUGAUAAAUGAAAUCAUCAUUUAUUUUUUUAAACUGCUUUUUAUGUAUAGUCAGGUUAUCUUGGUCUGAAAUUAAAAUGUAAAAUCUAAAACACUUUUUCA